UCCCGUGCCUGGUACCUGUGUCGGAGCUGGGUGGGAAGGGCUCGGUAAAUCACGUGACCUGGAGAAAAGUCAUAUGAUCUGGAAAUCAUGUGACAAUUGUUGUUGAACAUGGCGAGGGUGACGACAAGCGCUUUUGUUUUUCUGCUGUGCGUUGCAGGAUGUCUUGCAGUGGACAGCCUCAGAUUCUUAGUUAUAGGGGACAUGGGAGGGCUACCAACCUGGCCCUACACAACUUUUGUAGAGGUUGGAACUGCUGAAGAGAUGGGGAAGAUUGCUGACCUUUAUUCACCCCAGUUUGUCCUUGAACUUGGUGACAAUUUUUACUAUGAUGGAGUGAAAAAUGUACAAGACAAACGUUUUGAGGUGACUUUUGAAAAUGUUUACAAAGCAGACUCGCUGAAAAAGAUUCCAUGGUAUCUGGUGGCUGGCAACCAUGACCACAAUGGAAAUGUCAGUGCACAAAUUGCUUAUUCAAAAGUCUCACAGCGUUGGAACUUUCCAGAUUAUUACUACCCACUGAGCUUUGCAAUUCCCAAUACUAACACCAGCUUGGACAUUGUCAUGAUGGACACAGUGCUGUUGUGUGGAAAUUCAGGCUAUGACAGCGCACACACUCAACCAACUGGCCCUGAGGACAAAAUCAAAGCAGAUGAGCAAUGGGAAUUCAUUCAGAAAUCUUUGCAAGGAAGCAAGGCCAUGUACCUGUUUACUGCUGGCCACUUUCCAGUGUACUCUGUUGCUGAGCAUGGACCCACAGAUUGCCUGGUCAGUCAGCUCCUGCCACUAUUGUACAAGACACAUGCCAGUGGACAUAUGUGUGGUCACGACCAUAAUUUACAGCAUUUGCAGACAGCUGAGGCUGGAAUCACUCUGGAUUUCAUCUUGUCAGGAUCUGCAAAUUUCAUUGACGAGAGCAUGGCACAUGAAACUGCAGUGCCUCCAGGCUCCUUGAAGUUUCACUGGGCAGACAUAACUAAACUAGGAGGGUUUGUGUAUGCUGAGGCAACAUCAAAGAACAUGACCAUCACCUACAUGGAAGCCAAUGGGAAAAUAUUAUACAAAACUACAGUAUUUCCUCGCAAAGUAUAACAUAUUUUGGUUUUUGGGUUUUAUGCCUCCUGUAUAUUUUUACAAUUAUUUUUAGGUGGGAAAUUAUGCAGUCCUUUUGGUGGAAGACAAUGGGGGUGUAGUGGGUUGUAUAAUGCUGAAAUGAACAAAAUUUUGAGAAGGGGAGGCCAUUAAGCUAAAUUUAAUAAAAUAGUACCUUAGGUUAAAUGAUGCAGGAUUUCCCAUCCGUUAAAUGCAUGAGGGUUUUCAGAUCCUAACAUGAAAUUGUGAGGCAUUUUAGCACCUCCUCACCUUCCUCUCCCUGCUAAAAAUAUUACAGGUCUGAUCUACUCAUAGUAGCAGUAAACAAAAUGUACAGCAUCAUACAUUUGUCAAUAUUUAUGACUUUUCUUCCUAAUGCAUAUAAAGCAUGUUAUGGUGCUCGUGAUCUCCAAGACAAAAAACUGUGGAACACAUCCUCAGGAAUGCCCCUGCUGAAAUUUAUUUAGAAACACAGCAUGGCCAUCUUCACUCGACACCAAACCUUAUGGCAGCAGACAGGACCUGUCAUCUAUACAAUUAUUUGUUUUAUAGGCUGGAUCAAUAUUGAGACAGAAAAGAAGGAAAAGUGAAUGAGAAGAUGUCAAGUUUAUUACAGUAAGUCCUACACAGAGACAAGAACUUUUUUUGUUUUCAGAACCCCUUAGCAGUUUUUAUUGACAUGAUUUAUUCAUGCUUGUACAUGAUGGGAAACCCUGUAAUAGAUCAGUGUAGAUGCAGUCACUACAUCUCAGUACCCUUAUCCAUUUCAAGCCUUCUCUUCUUGACUGUCUUUUGACUUGCAGCUGAGAUUUGUAGUUGUGGUAUCAGUGGUAAUAGUGGUGGUGGUAGCAGCAGUAUAUAGUUGUCCAUUUUUGGCUCCAUAUGAUGGUCACAGAAGUUGCAUCAACACAGUGGCAGUGAAGAAAAUGCGGCAGGAUUGUUGACAAUAGUUCAGAGGAUCUUGGGUUCAAUCUUUGUGCUUCUAAACAUGGACUUUAAGGACAAUGUUUCCUCCCUCCUAUGGACAAAUCAGCCACCAAAAUUACAGAAUCAAAACGGAGAAUCUUGAAGAAAAAACCAUGAAGAUUUCCGGUGUGCACUUUAGUCGUGUUUCUGAGAAUGUGAUGCAAAAGUCUGCAGUCUGAGGUGUAAAGUUUUGUACAUGUAACAAAGCUGGUUUGGUUUUUUUUUUUUUUUUUUUUUUUUUGAAGGAUCAGCUUUUCUCUGGCCUUAAUGAUAAUAGGUCUACUUCUUAGUAUGUUUUCUCUUUUUCUCUGCAAUGUACCAUGUCCUGUCUGAGAAUGUCUCAUGUACUAUGCAAAAGUCUGUAAUCUUGGGGGCAGGUAUGUAUUGCGUAUGUAAUGAUACUCAGUUGUUUUGGUUUUUUUUAGUAUCAGUUUUUCUUGGGCUUUACAAUAGAUAUACAAUUUAUAAUAGAUGGUAUGAUUGGGAGUUUUUUGUUUCUUUGAAACUGCUCUUCUGAUUUGGUAUUUUUGCCAAUCAGUUUGUUUACCCAGUAUAAAUCUGUGCAAAGUGACAACAGUGAUUAAAUACUAAAUGGUUUAA